CUCCUCCCUUUCCUUGUUUGGCUCGGCUUAGCAUCUCAUGUUUUCAACAGCAAUCUGCGAGAUUAGUUGUGCCUGUUGCUCUUUUGUUAUCUGGGGUGCCUGAACCCCAAAUCUUUCAUCUUGGUAGAUGAAGAAGAAGAGAUAAGCAGCGUUCUCUUUUCUGGUAAAGUCAAUGCAGAUCGUAUCAGCGCUGGUCAUCGAUGCAUAUAUGUGGGUUCCCAAAACAAAAUAAACAGUAAAAAAUUGCAUAUAGUUGUCAGUCGCUGUCUUCUACAAUGUGAGAUUGGUAAUGAGAGGCGCAAUACAAAUAUGUGGACAAUUCCACCGUGCUGAACAGACAGCGUUGAAGGCGCAAUACAAAUAUGUGGACAAUUCCACCGUGCUGAACAGACAGCGUUGACUAGUUUUCUAGAAGGGUUCUUUUCGGCUUUAAAUAGGAUCAGAAGCUUCGGCGAAAACUCUCCAUUUUUUUUGCAUAAUUGUGCUGUCUUAUUAGAUUCCUCUAGUUAGUUUAACGUGAGCCGUUAGUUUCAGGGGGAAGUUUCCUUAUCCGCAACUUUUAUGUCAACCUUACUGUUUAGCAUUGCAGACUUCUAUAGUCUGUCCUGGUUCUAUCCUUUUUUUAAUUUGUUGUCGUGUAUGUUGGCGCCCAGAAAAAAGUGUUCUCUUCUAAGAAAAAGAGGAGGGAGGAGGUCAGUAGGUCACUUAGGGUAUGAUGAAGACAAACUUUUUUCAAUGAGUAUGACGUCAAAUCUGAGCAAAUUUUCCGCAAAAUAAGACGAACAACUCCUAUGACUUGUUGGAGUUAACAUAAAACCAGUAUGAUGAAGGUUCCAGGAGGCAGAUAAAUACCAUGCAAUCAGCAAAAAGAUGAAGAUAUCCCUGAGGCCUUAUGUUUGAAGUUUAUUGUCGAAAUUAUGCACUCUGUGUUUUUUUUUAAAAAAAAAUGGCAGGGUGGUAAAAAUAGGCAGACCCUUGUUUGCAUGAGGUGCAUCAUCCUUCCUUCUCAUCAAAAGAGUAGACACAGAAAAAAUGUUAAUUGUUAUGCGAACAAGGGAGCAUCACCUAGAUAUAUGAAAUAACUCGAAAGAUUAGCUCUCGAUGCUUCAGGGGCUACCAUAAGUUAAGUCACAUGCAAAAGGUUGAGUGGAACAAUAGGGGUUUGUCUACGUUUCAUGCAUUGGUUGGUGCUGCUGUUUCUUUUUACUUGGUCGUGAUCUCUGACCUCUUUAAUGAGGAUGUCCAUAAUGGCAUAAUAAUUGACAGAAAAUCAUGGUUAUCUGAUGCCAUGUUUGGGGUCUCGAUUGGUUACUUUUUGACAGACUUGGUGAUGAUCCUUUGGUAUUUUCCUUCUUUAGGUGGAAAGGAGUAUCUCUUUCACCAUGGACUUUCCAUGUAUGCAAUUGGUCUUGCUUUGUUGAGUGGCAAAGCACACAUGUACAUACUCAUGGUCCUCUUCACUGAAGCCACCACUCCUUUUGUGAACCUUAGAUGGUAUUUGGAUGUUGCUGGUCAGAAGACUUGUAACCUUUACGUAUACAAUGGACUGGCUCUUUUUGUUGGAUGGCUGGUUGCUCGGAUAAUCUUAUUCGUGUAUUUGUUCACCCAUAUGUAUUUUCACUUUGAUCAGGCGAAGUCCAUCUUCACCUUAGGAUUCUACAGUCUACUGAUAGUGCCAUCGGCGGUAGCAGUACUGAACGUGUUUUGGUUCUGGAAGAUAUUCAAGGGAAUGGUGAAAACCCUGUCUAAACGGAGGAAGCACAGUGAAAACGGAAAAACCGAUUAGAAGGACGUGGUGCUUCUAACUUUUUACGUACAAAAUAUUUUUCCCUUCUAGAUUUAUAGCCAAUUCUCUGUUGUACUUUUUUUU